CCUGAGGGGGCAGCAUCUGGCCAGGCCAUAUCAGGCGCGGCCAGGCAUCAUUACAGUCUGUCGUUCUUUCGGGAUUUAGUUCAUCGAUCUCAGCCUGGCCGACAACAACAACAAAGCAACCACAACAAAAUCCGACUGCAAAUGUAUUUAUUGUAACGCAUUUAUCAGAAACAUCAAGAAUAAAAACACGAACAAGAAAUGUACAAAGAAAAGCAAAUGAAAUGCCAAAUAAAAAACUAAUCAACAAACUAAAUUAGCUAGCUAAUUAGCAACUAGAACAAGAACAAAACGUGCCAAUAAUUAUUACCAAAAAAAGACCAAUCUAUGCCUACGCACAUAAUUAUAGAGUACACUAAGAGCACAUAUCCAAAAAAGAGAACGAGAAGCAUCAGUGCAGUAGAGCAGGAGAGCAGGAGAGCAGGACAGGCAGCAAAUGCAGAACGUUCUAAGAUAACUGCAAGAGAGCGACCAGUAAAGCUAUCCCCCCACAAUGCGCUUCACCUACAAUCAGUAUAAACACUACGAGUCGGGCUACCGGAUUCCCUCCAAGAUGCACAAUCUGAGCCAUCAUCAGCACCAUGGUGGCAGCAAUAGCACUGGUGGUGCUGUUGCUGGUGCUGUUGCUGUUGCUGGUGGGGGCGGCGGAGGAAGAGGAGGAGGAGGAGGAGGAGGAGGCGUUGGUGGAGGUGGAGGUGGAGCAGGUAGAGGAGGUAGUACUAACAAUACCAGCAAUAAUCACUACGGUCAGCAUUACAACAGCACCAGUAGCAACAACAACAACAACAACAAUAACAACACAGGCAACACAAAUAUACAGCCCUACCAGCACCAUUACAAAAGCAACUUCGGCAUGAGGAUGACUAUGUCCACCAACUCCACAAUGAGCGCCCGAAUACAUCGCAAGGGGUUUCGGAUACCCUCGAAAAGACAGCCGGGAAAGGGCUUGCCCGGCAAGCUGCAUACCAUAACCAGGGCGGGUCCUGGCAAGAUAGUUCCCGGGAAGCGAAUACCACAGCGACCGCAUCUGCCGCCGUGCGACAACUCCAACGACAGUGGGCUGGGCUUCGACCAGCACACGGAGCUGCGGUCCUCAUCGGGGCCAGGAGUAGCCGAUACAGGCAGCUCGAAUGGAGGUGGCAUCGGCAUGGGGGCAGUCCAGCGCACGAAUCUGCUGGUGAACAGCUCCCUUACGAAUACGGUGGCUGCAGCGGCGGCGGCGGCUGCAGCUGCAGUGGCAAGUAACACGUUGCAGCAGCACCACCAACAGCAGCAGCAGCAGCAGCAGCAGCAGCAGCAACACCAACAGCAGCAGCAGCAGCAGCAGCAGCAGCAACACCAACAGCAGCAACAACAACACCAACAGCAACAUUUACCGCAGCAGCAUUUAAUUCGGGCGAUACCUGUAUCAAGAUCGCGGCACACCAAGAAAAUGCUGAGCGCCUUUCUGGAUGACUUGGAUCUGACCAACUCCAACUCCAACUCCAACUCGGAGGGAUCGACAGCCUCCACCUCCCUGUCCUGCUCGGCGACGCCAAUCUCUGAGGACACAGGCUUCGUCAAUCACAGCAGCAGCACCCCUCGCAACAGCUCGGAGCCCUUUGGUGGCGUCUUCCAGGCCACCGAGGCAGCUGUGGCAGCAGCCGUGACAGCCUUUAACGUUCAGAAUCAGCAGCCCCUUCCGCAGCAACAGCAGCAGCUACUGCAGCAGCACUUUCAGUAUCCUGAAAUGGUCGUGCAACAACAACAGCAGCAGCACCAUCAGCGAAACCUGCCCCGGAGCGGGGACAAGCACAUCAAGCGCAAGAAGCUUGAGUACAACCAGCUGGAGCUGGACAACGAUGACGCCUGCAGCGAAGACGAGUUCAUCCGCAAGAUAGCCAACGCGGCAAUCGCUUCUUCGUCUGAGGAGGCGGUUCUUGUGGCGCCUGUGGCGCCCGCACGGCCUCCGCCUGCCAUGACUAGUGUGCUGCCUCGCAACGGCCAUGAGACAAAGUUCAUUUCGGCCCGGACUGUCACAAGGGUGGCCAACAAGCGGCAGCCCGCGACCCCUCUGAACAGCGUCGCCAGCUCGAACGACGGCCACGUGCAACUGGAGAUCGUCUCGCAGCCGGAGCAGCAGCACCGGGCCCGUUACCAGACCGAGGGCAGUCGCGGGGCGGUGAAGGACCGCAGCGGCAACGGGUUCCCCAUUGUCCGGCUGACGGGCUAUGACAAGGGCGCCGUGCUGCAGGUCUUUAUUGGCACGGACAUUGGCCGGGUGGCGCCACACAUGUUCUAUCAGGCUUGCAAGGUGGCUGGCAAGAACUCGACGCAGUGCAACGAGAAGAAGGUCGACGGUACCAUGGUCAUCGAGAUCGAUUUCAAGCCAGAGACGGACAUGACCAUCACCUGUGAUUGCGUCGGCAUAUUGAAGGAACGCAAUGUCGACGUGGAGCACCGCUUUCCCGAGCACUUGGCGCAGAAGAACAAGAAGAAAUCGACUCGCUGUCGGAUGGUGUUCCGCACUCAGCUGACCCGCGAAGAUGGCACCACCGAGACCCUCCAGGUCUGCUCCAACCCCAUCAUCUGCACCCAACCCCCAGGCGUGCCGGAAAUAUGCAAGAAGUCGCUCAAUUCGUGCCCCGUCGAUGGCGGCCUCGAGCUCUUCAUCAUCGGCAAGAACUUCCUGAAGGACACCCACGUGGUGUUCCAGGAGACCUACGACAGUGUCAACGGCGACGAUCCAGCCACCGAGAUCGCUGUGCGCCAGCAGCUGAUUGGCGGCACCGCCGCUCUCUGGGAACAGAGCGUGAUGCCCGACAAGGAAUAUUUGCACCAGACGCAUCUGAUAUGCACAGUGCCACCGUAUCUGCACGAGAACGUGAUCAAGCCGGUCAGCGUCCAGGUCUCGAUCGUCUCGAGCGGCAAGAAGAGCGAGCCGCACACCUUCACCUACACGCCGAAGGGCCAGUUUUCGACACUAGCUGCUGCUAGCACGUUAAGUAGCACAAUUCACGACCAAGAUGUGAACCACUUUAUGGACACCACAGCGUCGCCCUCGAGCAGCGGAUCGAACUGGUCGGCCAACUCCCAGGCAUCCGGUUCCGGAUCAGGACCAGCCUCCAGUGGCGAGGGGGUGGUGGUGGAGACCAAGCACGAGAUAGACUCGGGCAUGAUGCCCCCACCGAUCACCACACAGAUACCGAUGGGCGUUGUACGCCGCUCAUCGCUGCCCAGCGCCACGCCCAUGAUCACGGAUCAGCAGCUCGUCCACCUCAAUGCGGUGGCCGUGGCCAGUGCCGAGGCCUUAAAAAGCGAGCUAAUCGACGAAAGCAGCACGAACAGCCCACUCACAGCGGAGCCUACCCCGGAUAGCCCCAACGGCAUGCAGUACCACCAUCAGACGCACUUUGCCCGCAAGUCCAGCCUCGACACGAUCAUGUUCGAUCAGUCGAACAGUUUGCCCGGAUUCCCCGUCACCGCUGUGGACAUUGACUCCGCUGCUGUGGCGGUGGCUGUGGAGCUGGCCGUGAAGAACGAGAUUGUCAAGCACGUGGUGCAGCAGCAUCAGCAGCAGCAACAGCAGCAACAACAGCAGCAACAACAGCAGCAACAACAGCAGCAACAACAGCAGCAACAACAGCAGCAACAACAGCAGCCACAGCAGCAACAGCAGGCCACAGCGGCGGCAGCAGCGAGCGUGCACAAGUUCAUCGACGAACUGACAAAGUCCACAUCGGUGGUCAGCAGCAAUGGAACAACAGAGUCAGCACUUUUUACCAGUGCGGCGGUGAUCGAUCACGCUCUGACCGACAUUCUGCAGUCGAAGGUGGGCGUACUGAGCCACGGCAGCCACCAGACGGGAGCCCCGACAAACGGUGUCCUCGAGCGAAGUCUGUCGCUCGGCUCGACAAACUCGAGCAGCUCGUUGAGCGGUAACGAGUCCUCUCCAAACAGCUCGCCGCUGACACAGGACAUCAUACUAAACUCGGAGCCGGCAGCUGCUCUGGCCGGUGCCCCCAUCCUCGCUCCUUCCCCCGUCGAUGUAGGCGCCAGCCUCUCCACCGAUAUCAUCAUGAACCCCGCCGUCUCGCCAUCCACCAUACUUUGCUCGGCCAACGGGGCAGCCACUGCGGUGGUGCCCAACAUACUAGCGCCCCACCAGGUGACCAUGGCCAACUCCAUAUUGAACGACAUAGCCAUGCAGCCGGAACCGACGCAGCAAGAUGCGGCCGUGGCUGCCCUGGCGCUGAGCAACAUAAUGAUGAGUCCGCCGACGUCGGCCGGUGGGGUAGUAGAUGCCCUUCCGCCAACACCGGCGGCCUUGCAACCGGAGGUGACUGCCACUGCCACCUCGACAGCAGUCAGCAAUAUGAUCAUCAAGGCGGCCGCUGACUUCAUCACCACCCAGGAGCAAGAGCAGCACCACUAUCAUCACCAGCACACCCGUACCCACACCCAUUCGCAUACACACUCGCAUACGCGUUCGCCGCAGUCUGGAGUUGCAGUGACUACCAAUCCCGUAGACGCUGGCGAGGAUCCGUUGGUCAAUCUACUUCUGAGCCACGCAACCCCACCGGAGACGGCAGUCGCAGCUGCAGCAGCCGUGGCCGCGGAGGCUGCCAGCUUUCAGUCACUUUCUGGCCAUGGCCACAGCCACGGCCAUAGCCAUAGUCAUAGCCACAGCCACAGUCAUAGUCACAGUCACAGCCACAGUCAUAGUCAUGGCCACGGUCACGGUCACGUUCACGGCCAUGGUCACUCGCACGGCCACGCCCACUUGCCCGUUGUAGCGGCCACACCUCAAGAAUCUCUGAUCGUUGCAUUGGCCAGCGAGAAUGCGCUGCAGAAGUCCGUGGCCACCGCUGCCGUCACCACUAACGGGGCCGUGAUGACCCAACAGGCCUCGGCACCCACCACGGCGGGAAGCAUUUUACCAGCGGCUGUUGGGGCCGUCGCUGCUGCCGCGGCCGUGGCUGUCCAGCCACCAAUACCCCAGGAGCUGACCACGAUGUCUGAUCAGGACCUAAUCAGCUACAUAAAUCCGAGCACCUUCGAUCAGCUGUAAUCGGCUUUAGAUCAACAAAUUAAACUACGUGGACUUUUUUUUUAUUAUUACCUCCUACAAAGGCCUAAUAUUAAGUAUAUAUGUAUAUGUACUAUGCUGUACAGUCACACCUACGGAUACGGAUUCCAGGUUUCAGCGUGGACCAACAUUGACCAAGCGCGACAGCGAAUGAAAGGACAAGAUGGGAGAAGUCCAGGCACUCCCUUUCUGUCUGUUUCCUCCCCCAUCAAAAAAAAGGAACACAUACAUCCACACACACACACACAAACACAAACAAAUAUUUACACAAUCAUAUAUAGCAUAUUUACACAUUUCUUAUAAAUAGUAUAUUAUGUGUUAGCUAAGAAAAUGAAAGUCAAAUCAUCUCAAAAAGUUAAAUAGAAACACUGAUUUACAACUGCCAUAUACCUAUGAAAUAAAUGAACUGGAAGACGCAACUCCCCAGGAUCAAUAGAAAUUCAGAAACGAAAUACUGAAUACUGAAUACAGAAAUACUAGAAGUUCAAAAGGCAAGAUCCCGAAAAAAAAUGUUAGAGGAAAGGCAAUAGUAGAUAUCAGCCAGAAAGAGAAUCUAAAUGAGAGAGACCGAAAUCUUUGAUCAAAAGGAAAAGCUUAUUCCCAUUGAGCUCGUACAUUGUACUUGUCUCAUGACAGCUGAUUGUUGAUCAGGCUAAUUUCAAAGAUCCGACUGUUGUCUGACAUCCAUUAUUAAUCUCCGUUUGCUGCUGUAAAACACAUUCUUCAUGAAGUCUGAAAUGUAAAUUUUGUUUCCCCUCUUUAGAAUUUACAAGAAUUUUCAAGCAAAAAUACAAUAUACAUUUUUUUGAGCUUAUACUAGGGUUAUUGCCUUUAGGACAGAUACUAAAUUAAAUCCAAAUAGGGCGAAAAACUAUUGAUUAAACAGUUAUUUAUAUAUAUAUACACAUACAUACAAUUUAAGUUAAAACUACGAAGAAUAUGCGAGAAAUUCCAAAAGACUUUUUUAAUGAUUUAAUGAAAACGCAAUUAUUUGUUUAUGGACAAUUUUUUUUUUUUGUUUUUUAUUCUUUAAUUUUAUGGACGAAAACACAAACACAAAGAAAAAUGAAACUAAUGUUAUUACUAUUAUUAUAGCUAUAUAUACAACUAUUACCAUUAAGAGUUCCAUUAACGUUGUUAGAUGAUAUGAUAGCGCUGUAAGGCACAUAUCGGUGUUAUCCUAUAUUGUCUAAAAUAUAUCACGUACGUUUGUAAAUGCAAAUUAUUGCUAUUGUAUUAUCAUACAAUUAGAGAAAGUAGUAAAAACGCGAACGGAAAAUUUAAUUGCAGCAGUUAAUCCUAGGAAUACUAUAUUCAACAUGUGUUACCCGGACCCUAAAAAAAGAUCGAACGAAAUGUGCAUUUGUAUACCCUUAUUUAUAUACAUAUAUGUACAACGUAUACCCAUAUAUUUAUUCUAUCUAUAAUGAGCACGAAUUUCCCCCACUCCCGAGAAUAUUUAAUCAAUGAAGCAAACUGAAAACAGAAAACUGAAAGAAUGAAACACUUGCUAAAAUUGAAGAAUUUUUUUGUAAAUCCUAUUCAAAAUAGAAAAUUGGAUACACUUUAAAAAAUUUAAUUGAGAUACGUAACCUAUAUGUUAAAGGAGUCCAUAAAUGUGUUAAACAAUCUCAGAGAUUGCAUAUUCCUCAUUAGAUUUUACACAGAAUACAAAAGAAUGAUAUGGAGAAGGCAGGACUAUGAAAGAGAGGGAAAUAUAGAGAGCCAGCGGCUAAGAGUUGUUAAUGUUAAAUGUUAUAUACAUAUACAUAAUUUAUAUACGAGUAUCUAACUUUAUAAUAAAUAAAAAUGAGUGUA